AUGGCGGCGCUCGGCCGGCCGUUUAGCGGCCUUCCCCUGAGCGGUGGCUCGGACUUCCUGCAGCCGCCGCCGGCCUUCGCCGGUCGGGCCUUCCCGCCGGGGACGGAGGGCGCCGAGCUGGCCCCGCGGCCGGGACUUCGCGCCACCCCGAGCAGCUCCGGCGGGAGCGCGGCGCGCGGACGUAUUUCAACUCACUGUAGAAAGAAACACAAGCGAGAGGAGGAGGAGGAGGAGGAUGAUUGUCCAGUAAGAAAGAAAAGGCUAACUGAAGCAGGGCUCUGUGCUGGUCCUAAUGACUGGAUUCUUUGUGCACAUCAGGAUAUAGAGGGUCAUGGAGUAAAUCCGUGCACUAGUGGCCUUUCUGCACCUGGCAUGUUAGAUGUUAUUUGUGAAGAGAUGGAUCAGACAACGGGGGAACCACAGUGUGAAGUUGUCCGAAGGAGGCUUCAGGAAAUUGAGGACAGAAUAAUUGACGAAGAUGAAGAAGUUGAAGCUGACAGAAAUAUUAACCGUCUCCCCAGCCUUGUCCUUUCUGAUACCAUGAAAACAGGUUUGAAGAGGGAAUUUGAUGAAAUAUUUACAAAAAAAAUGAUUGAGUCCAUGAGCCGUCCUUCCAUGGAGCUUGUGCUCUGGAAACCUCUCCCUGAACUCCUUUCUGAUAAGCCAAAGCCGUCAUCUAAUGCUAAAAACUACACAGGAGAGAGCCAAACUAAGCAUGCAGCUGCUGGCACUGCCUUUCCUCAAAGAACUGAACUGUUCUUGGAACCUCGGCCAACAGGGUUGCCUGUUUACAAUAGUUUGGAGACAGCUGCUUGCACAGAAGAGGAGAUGGAACUCUAGAAACCAGUUUCUACACUAAAGUUGUCACGUUGCAGAGGCUUAUGUGUUCAGUCAUGAGCCUGCUUGUACAAUAUAGGGAUUUCAAAGUUUGGAAACGGGUGUAAUAUCUCCACCUGUGAUUUGGGGUGGGACUCUGAUUUUGGGUAGCCAUUUCUUCAACUUCUUGCCAAGGAAACUUGUCUCAAGGGAAAAGCAGUUUUCUAGGGGGCUUAUUAAAGGAAUGUGAGAGUACAUUCUGCAGAGUCAAGUGUAGAAGCCGUAUGUGACUUUUAAGUCAUCUGUCACAUUGUCUAAGUCAUUCAGAUACUUGGAGAAUAUUCAGACACUUGAGUUGAAAAAGAUGCAUUUAAAAAAAAAAAGAGUGCUCUCCCUGCUACAACUGUGCCCUGACAGUUGAGCCACAACUUCAGAUAAAUGAGCUCUGUUUAUAAUGGUGACUAGAUAUUACUGGGGAGGAGGAAGGUGACAGUAGCUUAGGCCUAUUGCUGGGGAAUUUAAGAGGCUCUGAAACUUGUGUAUUAGUUGUCAGUUCAGUGUAGCUUUAUUGAUUAAAUAGCCAGUAGCCAGUAGUGCUGUGGCUCCCCUCCUCGCCUGUGGCAGUGCAGUGGGAAACAAAACAAAAUGUUUUCUUCCGAGGCUUUUUACCCUGUGCUGCUGUGGCUCCUCAGUUUCCCCCGCAUAAUCAGUAAACCCAGCUCUUCAGCGAUGUUUACAGCCUAAUUAACUUUGAUAGUUUAGAAGAUUGCGAGGUAACCAGUGUGUGAACUGGCUCUGGGAGAAGCAUCCUUAGAUAAUCCUGAGGAAGUGCCGUAUCAGCUCAGCCCAGCAUAUUAUUUCAGUAGUUAUAGAAAUGUGCCUGUAGAAGCAAGUUGUUUUUUGGGUUUUUUUAAUGUUAAUUUAGGAAACGUUGACUGAAUAAUUAACUGAGCACAUGCAAGUGACAUUGAGAUUUACUGAAAUAGCCAGUUUGCCUGGUGCUUCAACUCUUUGUGCAGUAAGCCUAGAAGUUAACUAGAGAAUAGCUUCCUGCCUGCCAGAAAUCAUCCGGAGGACCCUACCCAGGCUCAAGGUGUCCUCUUGAGAGUAACCAGGAUUGAAGUAUUUUUUUUCUCAGGAACAGCUCUUCUGCGUUGGCAAGGACUCAGUAGUACAAAGUAAAGUGACCGUCCCUUUAGUGCUACAGAAUACCCACUAUAACUUAUUAAAUGAGUGUAAUACUGGCCCUUUUUAUCAGACAGCAGACCACCCCAGUUCUUUUUGUUUUCUGGGUUUCUUUUCUUUAGUAGGAAUCACAUACCUUGUAUAGAAAAAAUGGUUUAUGCCAAGUAGAGGUGACUUUAGGAGGCAGCUCCCAGGCAAUUUUGAAACCCAUGCCGAAGUCCCUCCCCUUGUUACAGAUGGCGUAGAAGUCACAAGUCUGUUAACUGGACUGUUUCUUCUGCCUGUAGUUCCUGCUUUUUCUAUUUCUGUCUGGAUAGUCAGGAAGAGAUAUAAUGUUUAAUAUUUAAACAAAAUAUUUAAUGUCUACACAGUAAAAUUAUUCAGACUUCAAACCAGUAUUGAAACCAGUUGGAAACCAGCUACUAGUUUCUUAAUCUCAGAUACAGAGAUGAAUGUAAACUGUGUUCUGUUGAAACGUGCACGUGUUUGAUUCACGCCAUGUCAGCUGCCUCUAGGUCAUUGUUUAAUGGGACCAACUUGUAACAUUUGUAGCCUUGAAGUCUCCAGAUAAAAAGUUAGUUCUGCUACAGCUCAUAAAGAGGAAGUGACUGCCUGGAAUUUGGAGUUAGUCCCAGUGUUGAGGUGAAGAAGAGAUGACAGUUUUCCAAAGGACACACACACACUGUCCUCUGUAGGGGGGUUGGACAGGCCUGGGGUCCAGGUCUGUACAGUGAACAGUAGGAAAGAGCUCUCUGAACAAGGCUCUGAUACCAAGGCUUUACGUAGGAGAGAACUAGCAGGAUUCUAUUAAUUGAGAUCCAGGCAGAACUUGUUUCAGGAGUUACUUUAUCUGACACGAUCAUCAUUUCUGCGGGAAACAUGGAUGUUCAGUGCACCUUUUUAAACCCGCAUUCGUUUGUACAAAAAUUUUCUUCAUCCUUGUGGUGCUUACUCAUCUGAGCCGUCUCCACAGGCCCCAUGGCUUGCUUUGUUUCCCUUUUUGUAGGGUAAGGCUUUUGUUUUUGCCUUAAGGUUUCCCUCGGGAAUUAACAGGUCUUUUAAUUUUGUAAAACUUUUACAGCAUGGAUCAAACAUUGGCUUACUGUGCUAAUGUGUGAUGAGAAAAGGUUAUCUAAAGCAGGUGAGCUUUAAUGAACAAAUGUAUAUUUCCUCUGAGUUUGAUUAGGGUGUGUGUGGUUUUGUUUUUAAUUAAUAUGAAGAAAGUAAGUCCAGUUCUCACAGAUAUUAAUCAAAAAUUGCUACUCAUUCUUGAAAAGGUGCAAAUGUCCAAUUAAAAAAAAAAAAGGGUGGUAGCUCUAACCAUGAGAAGAAUGUUUACCAGCAGGUUCAUUGAUUAUUUUGGAUCUGGAACUUGGCUUUGUUUUUUAAAUAAUGAUAAGAAUGGUGGAAUACUAGGAAAGUUCUGGAAGAUGCUGUCAGUUUUACUUUAAAAUGAGA